GAAUAUCAAAUAAUUGUGCCACACUGUACUUGAUUUACUGAUAUCGCAUGCAUUACAUAACAUAUACGACAGGUAAUACAUGAUUGUAAGAGCAAUUUGAAAUCAGAGUAUUUUGAUGAAAAGGUGCCAAAGAUACUUGAGAUAUUUCAGCAGAUCUUGUCAGUCAUUGGUCAAAGGCAUGGAGUUAAGGGAGAUAGUUUGCCGUCUUGAGGAUUAUGCUCCACUGCCAUUAGCUGAAAGCUGGGAUAAUGUUGGCCUUCUGGUUGAGCCACUGAAGGCGAAUCAUUUAGUUCGGUCAAUUCUCUUAACCAAUGACCUCACAGAGGCUGUUAUGGAUGAAGCCAUUGAGAAGAAUACAAACAUGAUUUUGUCCUACCAUCCUCCAAUAUUUUCACCCCUUAAAACAUUGACUAGAAAUUCUUGGAAAGAACGAGUGAUUCUGAAAGCUAUCGAGAAUAAAGUAGCAAUAUAUUCCCCACAUACGGCAUUUGAUGCUGUCACAGGUGGGGUGAAUGACUGGCUGGCAAGUGGUUUAGGAAAAGGGAUGGUGAAACCUUUAAGAAGCACACUUGUUGAUGGAAGUUUAGGUACUCAUAUGGUGAAAUUUGUGUUUCCUGGGGCAGAUGAACUUUCAAACAAAUCCUUAACAGUGGACGAAAUAGUGACUAAAUUGAAACAAGCUGAAAAGAGUAUCAAUAUCAAUGUCAGAAAACAUGUAGAUGAUUCAGAUGUGAGUAUCAAUUGCAAUGCUGUUUCCUUGGGGAAAAUCAUGACAUUCUUGAAUAGUGAAAUCCCAGAAGUUUUGAAGAGUACUAAUGUUUUCAGUCUUGCCAAGAUACCACUUCAAGACACUGGUGUUGGCCGUUUAUGUACUUUAGAAGAGGCAGUAUCCGUUGAGACCCUUGUGAAACGAAUUAAGGAUCAUUUGAAAUUGGAUAGAAUUCGCUUUGCAUCAGCAGUAAGGCCAAGCUGUCAAAAUGGCCUUGUAAAAACAAUUGCUAUUUGUGCAGGGUCAGGAGGGAGUGUUCUUAAAGGCAUCAAAGCAGAUAUGUAUUUGACCGGUGAGAUGUCACACCAUGACAUAUUAGAUGCAGUUUCUUGUGGCAUCCAUGUUGUCUUGGGUGAGCAUAGCAACACUGAACGAGGAUUCUUAAACAUAUUCUCCCAUGUUUUAUACAAUAUGCUUGAGCAUAAAGUAACCAUUCAUGAUUCAAACAUUGAUAAAGAUCCCAUUCAAAUAGUGUAAUGUAUGCAUAUAUCUGCCAAAUAUAAUAAAAGAUGAUUCCUUUUAUUCUAUGGCCAUAUUGGCCCCUGUUGAG